AUGAUGGCCGACAGGAGAAGGAUCAAUGGACCACCAGGCGGCACAAGGCCAGCGGUCUUUGCCUCAAACCUACAAUCUGGCACGAGUGCCACAGAUCGCGCUCAGCGCCAGCGACAACCUUCCGAGCUACGGAAAAUCUUCCUCAAAACUGGUCUGAUCCCCACGGCAUCGGGCUCUUCAUAUCUCGAAUUCGAACCGUCAGCCUCUCUCGCUGCUGCUCGCGCCAAUCCCAAAUCUCUGAUCCCGCCUUCGUCAGCUCUGAAGCUUGCCUGCACAGUUCACGGCCCAAAGCCACUGCCCCGAUCUGCAGCGUUCUCUCCGAACCUCGUUCUCACCACACACGUCAAGUAUGCGCCUUUCGCGGCACGUCAGCGCAAGGGUCAUAUCCGCGAUUCCAGCGAGCGUGACCUCGGAGUACACCUUGAGAGCGCUUUGCGCGGCGCAAUUAUCGCCGAGCGCUGGCCGAAGAGUGGCCUUGAUAUUACCAUCACAAUUCUCGAAGCUGAAGAUGACCGGUGGUGGGGCAGUGCACCAGACUCGCAUGACGCCUCGUGGGGUAUGAUGAACGUUCUUGCUGGCUGUAUCACUGCCGCUUCGGCCGCAAUUGCGGACGCUCACAUCGACUGUCUUGACCUGGUAGCCGGCGGUGUUGCCGCUAUCGUCUCGGAUGAGAACACCGGAGCUUCAACGGGGGCUCCCAAGCUCAUGCUGGACACCGAUCCUGCCGAGCACCGCUCUAUUCUAUCUGCAUGUGUUGUGGCAUACAUGCCUGCCCGGGACGAGAUUACAGAGCUCUGGCUUAAGGGUGACAGCUCUAAAGCCUCUCUCGAAGACGGUGAUGAUCGUACGGGUCAUGAAGCUUUGAUAGAUGGUGCUGUGGAUGCUGCCCGGGGAGCUCAUACUGUCCUGGCGGAGGCUGUUCGGGAGUCUCUGCUAAAAACCGUGGGACAAAUUUGA